CAACAACACAUCGUUCUGUCGCUUUCGCGCACCACACGUCCUAAACCUGCCGUUCAAGCUUCAUCUGAGUCGCCUACUUCCACAGAAAGGUAUAGUAUACUUUUUCUACGAUAUUGUCCGCGUUGCUUCCGUCUGUUUUGAACUGAGUUGUUGAGGCGCGUGACGAGCGUCCACGUCGACUCCGCACGGAGCUAUGCCUGGAGCGCUUCGCGCGCGCGCUGCAUUUCAACCUUCUGCUCUGCUUCUAUCGCGAUCGCCGCUUCUCGUUUUACUGUCAUCGCCGUUUUCUGAAGAUUCUACUGUUAUACGCGUCGCAUUCCACGCAUCCUCCGCGCUGCCCGACCGACUCCCAGCGCUAAUGCUUUCACCUUCAGCCCUUCAACGUCCCUCUUCCACGACACCACCACCUCCUUCCACCUUUUCUCUCACGCGUCCCCACACCACCUACCCUUAGCC